GCUGCCGCUCCGCACCUUCAAUGCUACCUGCUCUCUAUUGGCCACCCGGACCGCGACGCUCCGCCGUAGUUUCAAACGAGGGGGCGAAUGGGUUAGAGCGAAUUACAAAUCUGAUUGGGGACUCGACCCUUCUGCAGCACGUAAGCGCCUUUGCUCCUCAGUUAUUUUAAUUACCUUUUUUUAAUGUACGAUUUCCCUUUUCAGAGUACGCUAAUACUUUUGAUCCGUGUUGGAAGUUUAAAAUACGACAAUCCCAUGCAGACGGUUCAGGGUGGAUUUUGAAGUAUAUUAUAUUUUAGAUUUAUAGCAAAAAAAGAAAAAAAACACGCUGAUAUUCUUGCAUGGUAUGUAGCUGCAUCGCCACGGAAUACUAACCACGACUAUUUUUCAUCGAUCUUUCUCUGCGUGUCUUGGGACUGCGAUGAAGACGGCUCAUGCCUUUCAAUAAUCUAACAGAGAAUCUCGCAAAUAGGAGAAGGUUAUUAAAUCGCUACUUCCCAGUAUUUACUUUAUUAGACAAAUAAAGACUAUUGGAGCAGCUUAACGCUUGCCGAUCGUUUUGGAUGAGCCAAUCCAAUUUUGCAUUUUCAUAUUUAUUUAUUUCGUGUAUUGUUUUGCAUUCCGAUAGUUUGUCAUUUAGUUACACUCGGCACCUUGACUUUCUGACUGUCUGUACCAUGCCUUCAGUUUUGGUUACAGUGUCACCCUCAAGGUUUGGCUAGCGCAUUUCCUCUAGAUUCAUAUCCAUUUAUACCGUAAAACAGCGCGACAUCCGAAGAGAUGGCCAAACACCAGUCGGACGGACCGAUGGAUGAUUUAAGUAAGGUCUCCGACGAGGAGUUGCUGAAAUGCAGCAAGGAGGAAUUGAUCAAACGCCUGAGGAAGGUGGAUAGCGACAAGAUUAACUUAAUGCUGGAACACGGCAACAUGAUGAAAGACAUCAACCGGCGGCUGCAGGUACAUCUCCACGAAAUCCGCGGCCUGACCGAGGCCAACCAGAAGCUCCAAGAUGACAACCACGAACUGAGGGAGCUCUGCUGCUUCUUAGACGAUGACAGGCAGAAGGGUAAGAAACUGUCCCGGGAGUGGCAGAGGUUCGGCAGGUACACCGCCAGCGCCAUGUGGAAGGAGGUGGGCUUGUACCAGCAGAAGCUGAAGGACCUGGAGGCCAGCCAGGAGAUGCUGAUGCGGGAGAACGUCGAGCUGAAAGAAGUGAUCAUCAUGCUGGAUGAGGACAGGAACGGGGCUGGCUCCAGGAGCUCCAUAGACAGCCAGUCCAGCCUGACUAAUCUGAACGGCGGCUCCGGUACGGUUCGGGACGUAGGGGACGGAAGCAGCACGUCCAGCACAGGCAGCGCCGGCAGCCCCGAUCACCACCACAACCACGUGCAUAAGCCAGGGGAAGCCAAGAUGGGAGCCAUCAGGAGGUCCAUGGACGAUCUGCUGGCGCCGCACCACCACCGGAGCAUCCCGAACGGGCUGAACGAUUCAUCGUCGAAUUACAUUCGGCAGCUCGAGACGAAGGUGCGGAUUCUGGAAGACGACAACAACAAGCUCCUGUCCCAGUGUAACCCUGGGGAGCUGAGGACCCUGCGGAAAGGCCUGUCUCUUUACCACUCUGAGUCCCAGCUCUCUUCAUUGCCCCAACACCAGGACACCCUGCACAACGGUCCCGCCCACAUUCCUGCGAAUGACUCCUCCCCCACGACCAGCUAUCACCCUCCAGUACAGAAACCAGAGGCUGUGGUCCAUGCCAUGAAGGUCCUCGAAGUCCACGAGAACCUGGACAAGCAGAUUCCCGAGGAUUACGAGGACGACCUCAGCGAGAAGGAGAAGGCAAUCGUCCGGGAGAUGUGCAAUGUGGUAUGGCGCAAGCUGGGCGAUGCUGCAGGGUCUAAGCCAUCCAUCCGGCAGCACCUCUCCGGAAACCAGUUCAAGGGCCCUUUGUAGUGGGAAGACCCCAGUCUCCAAGGACAGCAGGGGACGGGUAUGGGUCCACGCACCAUGAAAUGCUGCCAGCUUACCAUGGAAAAGCUUCCCCCAAGACCGUUGCUGGAUCCUCACCCGCCCAAUGAACGGCUAACACACGUAGCCCAUAUUCAAUCAAGAGCCAAAUUUUUUUUUUGUUUCAUUUUAAUUUACCUGCAAAGUAUUUAAAACAGGCAUCUAGCUUUUGAUAUGUGACAUCUUCCGGAAGCAUACACACUUAACUCCGUUCUGCAUUUGUGUCGAACCUUUCCUCAGUGCAGCUGGUGACAGUGCUUGCAGUUUAGGUUUGUACAGUGUUGCGCAGACGCAGUCCAGUGCAUAUUCCUCCCAACCACGGAGCAGCAUUGUAGUGACGCAGUGAAAAUGACAUGCAUCGCUCUUAGUGCGGAGGAACUCUUUAUUGUGUUGGUUUUCUCCUGGUUGAAUAAUAGCUAAGGGUUUGUUUGUGAAACCUAUGAUGAUAUAGCUCCCUAUGCCUGAGAAUGAAGUAUUUUCUAAAAGUAGAAAUCACCUUUAAACAGACGUUUAACAGAAGAGAGCUGUAGUGAUAAAAGUGUAAAAGAUGUACAAAGCCAUAGUGCACUACUUUACCCUCGCUAUUUGUAUUGUAUUAUAGGGUGGCCCUAUGGGCCGUGUUAUCAUUCAUUGUUAUUUUGUAUCAUGUUAUCAUUCAUUGUUAUUUUGUAUCAUGUUAUCAUUCAUUGUUAUUUUGUAUCAUUUGUUUAAAAAGCACAUGGGCUAAGCCCAAACCAGGGAAAAUGACAAACAAGCAAUCAGUAGUUCCUGUAUCCCCAGACAAAAUUGUUCACCAAACAGGUGGGGGGCCACGUUCUACCACACUGAAAAGACCGGCGACCACGCAGUGUCAAGAUACAAAAUAGAUGUAAUUUUUUCAGCAUUGACAGAUUGCCUGAAUGACAAUGUGCAUAUUGAUUCAAUCAAGAUGACAUCAUCUUGAUUUUUACCGUAUAAGCUUUUUUUUUUUGCAAUUUAUUGUAUUGAAUAUAUAUUUUUUAAUGAUACAGAAGGUUGGACAUAUGCUAGGUUCCUCUGUCCACCUGAUUUGUCACUUUAUGUCUCCUAAAUUAGGUGUAAAUGAUAGCUAUACAAGAUAAUGCAAUAUAUAACAUUUUCAUCAAAAAUGAAUACGUUCUUAGUGCUUAAUUCUCUAGCCACAUUAUACAUUAUACAGCAGAGUAAGACAUUAAUUAACCAUCGAAUGAUGCAGGUGGAAGUCAUUAUUUGAAGCGUUACUUUCAGUGUGGGGAUACAUGAACCAGUAUUGAAAAACAGAAAAUCUAGGUAUUUCCAGAUGUGAAAAUGUGAGUGUUAAUCACAUAGGACUUCCAAAUUAGCGCAACACGUGAUCAUAUACGAAUACGCCUAUAUGAAGACAUUGCGAACUACUUUGAAAAUUUAAUUAUGGACAAAAGUGACCUUUUUUAAAUGAUGAUGAUAAAUCUGAUUUUUAUACGAUUUGGAUACAAAAUGCUUUUAAUGAUUUUUAACACACCAAGACGUGGCGUGCUCGUUUGCGGAUAAGGCCCCGAUUUGGAAGCUCUGUUUAUUAAGUCUCUGUAAAUGUGUGAACUGAACCCCCGCAUCUGCGAUGCUUUGUCAAUGCCGACUCGUGCAGAGUAACUAGCAUGCCUCUGUAACCCCUUAUUUUUCACAAAUGUGUCUAGCUGAAACUGGAUCGAUAUUUUUAGCAAGAUUUAAAAAUAUAUAAAACAUUGGAUAGGCCACAUUUAGGUGCUUUUGGAAAUAAAUACUUCCUUUGUAGUUUGUAUAUUUUCUAUGUCUCAGUAAAGUUGUUGUAUAGCCA